AACUUUGUAAAUUCAAAUUUUAAAGUAUUAUUUUAAAGUAGUGUUACACAAUUGAAAAAAUUCUCAAAAAUAUGACAACUAAUCAAAAUGAUUCUCAGACAAUAUUAAAUAUUGCAUUUUCAUCAAAUUAUUCAAAAUUGGAUAUGAAAACGACGGAGAGAACAUUAUUGGUUUUAGGCAACAAAAAUGCAGGGAAAACUACUUUAAUACAUCGAUUUUUUGACAAAAGUGAAAAACCUAAGCCAACUAAAGGUUUAGAAUAUACUUUUGCAAGAAGAUCUGGAAAGAGUUUAACAAAAGAUAUAUGUCAUGUUUGGGAAUUAGGUGGCGAUUUAGUUUUCAAAACUUUAAUUUCAGCUAUAGUUGGAAAAAAUCAACAUCACAAUUUAAGUGUAGUUUUGGUACUAGACUUGUCAAGGCCAGAGGCAUUAUGGAACGUAAUGGAAAUACUUCUCAAAGAAGUCAAAACACUGAUUUACUGUUCAAAUGAGGAUGAAAAAUUAAAUAAUGUUCAUGAUAAAAAUUUGGAGGAUAAACAAAAUAAUACAUCAUUUCCAAUUCCAUUAAUUAUUGUGGGUAGUAAAUACGAUGUAUAUCAAAACCUUGAACCGGCCAAAAAAAGAAUUAUUUGUCAAUCUAUGAGGUAUGUCGCUCAUACUAAUAGAGCUUCAUUGUUAUUUUAUAGCACCAAUGAUGCUACUCUUGUAAAAAAAGCUAAGGAAGUAAUGUCACAUUAUGGAUUCGGAACAUCUCUCUCAAAAACGUGUGUAUACGACAUAAACAAACCGCUAUUCAUACUAGCUGGUUAUGAUACUUUUGACGCUAUAGAUCAGUUGGAUUCUAACAAAAGUUUAAGAUCAAUGCAAGAAUGUAAAACAUUUUUAAAUACUUAUAUUAAACAGGUUCCACUAGUAACCGAUAGUAACAAAGGUUCAGUUUUAGAAGUCGAAGAUCCGCUGACUAAUCCUAAUUACAUGGAUUCUGUAAUAGAUGAAGCGUUAAAAAAGAAACAAGAAGAGCAUAAACUUUUUAUGAAAGAUUAUGAAAUUAUUUGUGGAAAAUACAAAAGUAAUUUACAAUAAGAAAGAAUUAUAAUUUAUAAGUAAAAAAAAUUAUAAAAAAUAAAUAUACAGAGCAUAUUAUUAAGUUAUAAUAAUAAACCUUAUUAUAUUGCCUACAUUAGCUUGAGAUUUUCAAUUUGUGUAAAAAGAAUAUCACUCAUCUUUUGAGGCUUAUCACAGAACUCACUUAUAAGAAACUCGAAUCGAGUAAAAUUUAAAAUAACGCUUUUUAAUAAUACGUCAACAUAAUAUCAGGUAAAAAUUAAAUUAUUUAAAUUGUUAAAAUUAUCUAUGAACUAAUUUUUUGAAGAAAAGUGGUAAAUCUCUCAAUGCUUUGUUUGUCAUUUUAAUCUUGAUUACAUAAUAUACUCCUAAUCUGAAUGUAAAACCAAACAGAGCAAGUAAAAUAAAUUGGCGUGUCAUUGAUUCUCCGUUCAUCCCCAAAUCCUUCAUCAAUAGUUCAGGAUUUUUAUAAUGACAAUAUAAAUCUGGACUGUGACAUUCCAUUUCGGCACGACCAUUGCCAUACAAAGAUAUUAUUGUAGCUACUAAAGAAUAUCUCACAAAACUCAGUCCCAUCAGAGUUUUCAUGAAAGGUUCAAUCACUUGUCCAAAACCCAUUCCAUAAACAGCAACUGCUAAUAGAGGGGCUACCAAGGCUGGUGUUAAUACGGCACCGGUCUAAAGAAUAAAAAUGAUUUAAUUCAUUAUAUUUUUAUAUAUACUAUGUAUAAUUACGGCACUAUUCACAGCUGAUCCUAUUAAUAUUCCUAAACCUUCUGAUAUGUAUCCAGUAAAUAAUCCCGACACCAUAAACUGGGUCAAUCUUAUCCAAUCCAAAGGUUGUGCACUCAUGAAAUAAGCAACCAAACAGAA